AUGAAAAUUUGGAAUUUUCUAUUAGACAUUUUAAAAUCCAUUUGUGAAAAUGGUGGAAAUGAAGCUUUUUCAUUAUACAACGAGAUAACUUCGGCCAUUCCAGAACAAGGGAAAAGUAAAAUGUUUCUCGAACAUGGAGCUGUAAUUCAAUUGCUCUCAAGCAAUUGUUUGAGCUACGAAACCAACCAAAAACGUUAUGACGAUGGAUUCAAUCUGUUGAAAUACUAA